AAUGAAGAGGACUUUAGGGAUGAUAAACUCAGGUUUCGAUUGUUUAAUCACAAUCACACCAUCACAAAACUUGAGUUCGCCGAACACUUUGGUAUUCCGGUCCCGUACCAAAAAUCUAUAUCCGACAAUACCGCCUUCGGCCACACCCUAUGGACCAAGAUGACCGGGGAGACUAAAUUUAGCUCCUCCCAACUCUACAUUAGUCAUGUCCAACAUCCCGUCCUACACCUCUUUUUGAAAUUCCUUGCCAAUUCCUUGCUUGGACGUCCCAACAACCAUCAUACAAGGAUGGGGGAUGUAUGCCUCAUCUCGGUAGCCUUAUUCCGUACCCACGUGGAUUUCAACCUAUGUAAUCUCAUGUGGGCACAUCUAAAAAAAGAGAGCGUGGCAAAGGGUGCUAUUGUAGUGGGCGGGGUGAUUAUGCACUUGGCCACAAAGUUCGGGUAUACGGAUGACUCUCCUAUACCCGACUACUGUUUGAUGAACAUAUCUUGGCUGGGCCACUCGGGCUGUACAUCUUUUUCACACACCGUUUAUGGCGAAGAAAGGCCCAGAAAUAUGUACAACUGGCACAUCCACCCCAAACCCCUCAAAUACUUCCUCUUGCCCAACCCAGAACUCCCCAACUCCACUUCAAAACAGGAAGAGCGGAGCAACAUUACCUCUUCCCAAACGCCCUCCCACCACAUCUCCAGGAACCGGAACAGGAACCUCCCCAUAACCAACCCGAUUACGAGCCCUAUGAGCAACUCCAUAGCCAUCCAACCAUGAGCCAGGACUUCCCAGAACAGAACCAAAACCCUCCACCAUCCGACUUCUUUCAACAACUUCUGGAGGGUCCACAACAACUUCUUUCGGGAAUAGCCCAAAUGGACAACCGGCUCAACCGAUUAGAGGAUGAGCAAAGAGCCGGUUUUCAAAGAUUGGAGGAUGAGCAAAGAGCCGGCUUUCAACGAAUGGAGGAGCUCAGGGAGGCCGAUAGACAUCGGUAUGAGGAAGACCAACAUAGGUUCUACGGACCUAUGUACUCUUAUAUGGCACAACAGGGAUCCUUCCAUACCAUGGCGAACCCCCUCCACCACCCUCAUGGUAUGACCCCACUCAUUGGGGUAACUUUGGAGGAUCAGGCUCCGGGGGUGGAGGGUACGACGGCGGAGAUGGCAGGACACCUACAUGGGAGAUGGUGGCCAAGGGAGCGGCUUUGGAGGGAGCUACUACGGGAGGAGAAGGCAGGCACUAGGGACAGUGGUUGAUUCAAGUGCGGGGGAGACACUCAUGAUGGCACUCAUUGUAUCCUUAUGAAGAAUAAGAAGAUUCAAGAUAAAGAAGAAGAGAGGAGGAGAAAAGAAGAUAACACUAGGAGGCCAUUAAACCCAAGAUGCUCUUUUGUAAUUUGAGUUUAAAACUCAUUUUUCUUUAUCAUCCUUGGUGGUCUUUGUGUUUGUAUUGUGUUUUUGUUGAACUGUGGAACUUUUGGACAAACAUUGACACUUGUAAACAUUUGAUCUUACUCGAGACGAGUAAAGGUUUAAGUGUGGGGGAGUUGAUACGUUCGUAAUUUCCAUAUUUAUGUUUACGUUUUUAAUUAGUUUUGCUUGACUUUUACUUUGGAAAUUACACACUUUUGGUGUAAAUAGAUUAGAUUGUUAAAUUCUUGUAAAUAGGUUAGAUUAGAUAUAUUCUGAGCUCAAGCAGGUUUUGGUCACUCAAAGCACAGUUGGUGAACCCAAAAAGUGAAAAGAAGGUGCAAAAGUUCAAAGACAAAAGAAGAUCUUGAAUUUUGGUCUAUACUCGGUCGAGUAUUAGCUAUACUCGAUCGGGUAUUAGGUUGGAACUUCAAAUCGGAUCAGAUCCGAAGACAAGGGAACAUGCAGGGAAGAUUUCGGCCACGAUUUUAUGUCUAUACCCGAUCGGGUAGACCGACAUACCCGAUCGGGUAUGCCUUUGAAUUGCAAACGAAGAUCGGUCGAGUAUGGUCCGAAUACCAUUUUCUAAGCAUACUCGACCGGGUAUUCAUAUAUACUCGAUCGGGUAUACUCUUAGAAAAUAGCCUGAAACCGGUCGAGUAUGCCUCGGAUCGAGUGUUACACACAUACUCGAUCGGGUACCAUGUAUAUACCCGAUCGAGUACCCGAAUUAGCUCCCAAAAGCCUAUAAAUACACCUCCUUUCCUUCACAAAAAGAUAUCCAAUCCCUUUG